UGGACGUUAAGAAAAUGCACUGCUGCUAUCUUCUAAAAAGCCAGCUCAUAUUCGGAGUAUCUAGUUUAAAUUACAUAGAUCGAGUCUCUUUACAUUAGUGAAUUAGCCUCAAUUACAUUUAGGAGCACACUCUUGAUCAAGCCAAGCACGCUCGGUUACAUGAAUUCCUUAUGACAAGGUGAUCUAACUUCUAAUGAUGAAUUCCCACGAGGAAGAUGAUGUAAAAAAAAAUUAUUCAAUAACCGAAGAACAACAAAAGAAUGUACCAAUUGAUCAAAAUGAAAGUAAAUCAUGCUCACCCUUAUCCAGACUGUCUUCGGGUGUCACACGCUAUGGUAGAAUGGUUAAGACUAAGUCUCCUAGUACUGUAAUACUUGACUCUCCAAAGAAUUUAAAAGUACCAAAGAACAUAAAACAAGAAGUUAUUGAAAACGAAAUUACAAUAGAAGAAACUAUAAAUAUGCAAAGAAAUUUUAAUAACAGCUUUAAUGGCUUGGUAAAAGAAGAAGGAAAGGAAGAAAUAAUUAGCAUUGAAGAUCUACAAGCAAAAAGUCCAUGGACUCUGGGACAACUUGUUUGGGCCAAAAUAGGUAGCUUUCCUUUCUGGCCUGGUGUCGUUACACUUGAUCCAUCUACCAUGUCAUUUUUAUCACUGAAAGGUAAUCAUAAAACUAAGCAUUGUUGGGUACAUGUUCGGUACUGUGCAGACAAGGGACGUCACAGCUGGGUACCAUUUUCAAAUAUAAUACCUUUCCUUGGAAUUGCUGACUUUGAAAGACGAAGUAAAGAAAUAACACCUGAUAUUAAAAAAAAAGAUCCUAAACAUGCUGCUGCGUAUUCAAUCAAGCCAUCAAUGAAACUUAAAUGGGAUGAUGCUGUUGCAGAAGCAUCUGGGUUUAUGGCUAAAAGUGUUGAAGCAAGAAUUGAACUUUUUAGGCCUAAAAAUAAUACGAAAGAUUCAUUAAAUAAGUCAGUAGGUUCUUGUGUUAAGUCAGAUGAAAGUAAUAAAAAAAGAAAACAAGGGAUAGCAAAUGAAGAAAUAACACUUAAAAAGUCCAAAGCAGAAGUCGAAGAAGUUGAAGAGAUAGAAGAAAGAAUAGAAAAUAAGCUUACAGUAGAAAAUAAUGUAAGUUUAGAAACUCCUCCAACUCCUCCAUCAAGUCAUAAAGAUUCUAGUGAUGAAGCUCCCAUUUCAAGAAAAUUUAGAAAUAAAAAAAUGGGAAAAGAAGGUGUAUUUGAAAUUUUUUGUGAACGUAAUAAAGAAAUGGCAGAACAGCUAGACCCAGAAGCUACAGAAGGAGAUAUAAAAGCAUAUUUAUUGGAUUUAUGGGAAAAUAUGAGUACCCAAGAUCGAGGUAAAUACAGAGCAGAUUAUUUACAAGAAGAAGAAAUGAUAUUAUACUCAAUGGUAAUGGAUGAGGAUGAAGAGGACGUUGAUUCCGAGCAGGAAUCUGAUAAAGCCAGAAGACGAAGAAUAAAAAUUGAGCCAGAGACUGAGGAACUAUCCGAUCAAGAUGAUAUUAAUGUUUCCGACCAAGAAGAAACCACCUCGGUCGAGUCUGAAAUCCUUGAAAAGUCUGUCAGAAGAAGAAAAACGAAAGGCAGGCGAGAAUCCUCUGACCCGGAGGACAUCGGAUCCACUGAAUCGGAAAACACGAAGAAACGCAAGAAUAAGACAGAAAAAGAAGAGUUCGCGUGCAAGGAAGAUUCGUCUACGCAUUCGCUCGAAUUGGGAAAGAGAUCGCGGCCUUACAAGCUCUUUAAAGGUAUGAAAAACGAACGUGUUUGCCAGAUCUGUGAAGCAACGGGUAAACUCAUUAGAUGUAAAGGCCCAUGCUACUCCUACUUCCAUCUAUCGUGUGUAAAGCCUGGUGAAUCCAGCCCGGAACCAAGCGAAGCCGGUGACCUCGAUGAGAAUGUUGCCUACAGAGAUGACCUACGUGAAAUCAAAGAGAAGACUAAAGAGAACAGUUUGAGAGAAGAGGAGGCAAACUUCGACGAUGAUAACUUCAAAUGCAUCGACUGCCUCUCCGGGGUUGCACCUCCUUGUUUCGUCUGCCAUGAACGCGAAGAUGAGCGUAUCAAAUGUUCGGUCCUCGCUUGCGGCAAGCACUAUCACACGGAAUGCCUCAAGGGCUGGCCUCAGGGUCACUGGCAGGGCGAUCGACUCACCUGCCCCUACCAUAUUUGUCACACCUGCGUGUCGGACAAUCCGCAAAACAGUCAUCAUCGUUCCGCUAACGAAAAGUUUGCGCGCUGUGUGCGCUGUCCUUCUACCUACCACGCAUCGAUAUCCUGUCUGCCGGCCGGUUCGAAUAUUCUCACCGGUAGUCAAAUUGUGUGUCCCAAGCAUUAUAAGUCCUCACAUCCGCCUGUAAAUGCGACUUGGUGUUUCCUGUGUACUGAAGGCGGGAGCUUGAUUUGCUGUGACACUUGUCCCACAUCUUUUCAUUUAGAAUGCUUAGGUAUUGAUGCUCCAGAUGGUGGCUUUAUUUGUGAAGAUUGUGAAACUGGUAGAUUACCACUUUAUGGAGAAGUUGUUUGGGUAAAACUUGGCACCUAUCGAUGGUGGCCAUCUCUUAUUUGCUAUCCACAAGAAAUUCCAUCUAAAAUUGCUCUACGAUCACAUAAAGUUGGUGAAUUUUGUGUAAUGUUCUUAGGAACAAGAGAUUAUUAUUGGGUUCACAGAGGGAAAGCUUUUCUAUUUCAAGAUGGAGAUGCUAGUACAAAAGUAAUAGGUUCUAAAAAAGUUGAAGAAUCUUAUAGGAAAGCUUUGGAAGAAGCAAAAAUUAUUCACGAACGCCUUAUGUUUGAGAAAGCAAUCGCUAAAGAUCGAGAUAGUUAUCGACAUCUUAAACCACCUCCAUAUGUAAAAUUAAAAGUAAAUAAGCCAGUAGGGAACGUGAAAAUUCCUGAAGUUGACAGUAUGGUUGCUUGUGAUUGUGAUUCCACCAAGCCAAAUCCAUGUUCGCCCGAAUCCGAUUGCUUAAAUCGUAUAUUGUUGAUUGAGUGUAAUCCUGACGCAUGCCCAGCGGGUACAAAAUGCCAAAACCAAUUGUUUGUCCAGAGAAAAUAUCCAACCAUGAAGCCUGUUCAUACAGAGGAACGGGGCUGGGGACUGAAGACUUUAGAGCACAUAAAUGAAGGCCAAUUUGUAAUCGAAUAUGUGGGUGAGAUCAUCGAUGAAACUGAAUAUAAACUUCGGUUGCACCAAAAGAAGGAAAGAAAAAAUGAAAACUAUUACUUUUUAACUAUAGAUAAUAAUAGAAUGAUUGAUGCGGAACCAAAGGGAAAUUUAAGUCGUUUCAUGAAUCAUUCUUGUCAACCAAAUUGUGAAACACAAAAAUGGACAGUCAAUGGAGAUACGCGAAUUGGAUUAUUUGCUUUGCGCGAUAUUGAGCUUGGUGAAGAAUUGACUUUUAAUUAUAACUUAGCCUGUGAUGGGGAAACACGAAAACCAUGUCUUUGUAAAGCUCCAAAUUGUAGUGGCUUUAUUGGUUUAAAAGUUUCUAAGCAACAAAUAAGUUUAGUACAACAGAAAAAAAUCGAAAAAGCUGAAAAAGUUAAGAAACAAAGAAAAAAUAGAAAAAAUCUUAUUUGUUGGAAUUGCAAUAUGAAAAUUGAAAAUGUUGAUGAAGCGUAUCGAUGUGAUCAGAAAACUUGUGGAAAAGUUUAUCAUCCUCAUUGCAUAGCUAUAGAAGAUGGUCCAGAUCAAAUAUUUCAUUGUCCUUGGCAUUUUUGUGCUGAAUGCUAUAAAAGAACGACAAUCCGAUGCAAUUACUGCUGCAAUGCAUUUUGUCAAGUUCAUGUUUAUGGUAAUUUGCGUGAGCAUUCGCAAAACGGAAAUCUCAUCUGUUAUAAUCAUCUAACGGAGUAUGAGGAAGAUAACGAUAUCGACAUGGGCGAAGCACUCAUGGAUGACGACGGCGAAGACGAGGGCCUGAUCAGUAAUGAGUACAGUAUCGACAAUGAAGUUUCUGAGACGUUACCAACGACUUCUCGAUUCGAUGAGCCGUCACCGAGAGGCGCCAUCGUCGAGGUUCAUCCGAGCAGCGACGAGGGUGAUGAGGAGGAGUCCCAGAAGGAGGAAGGAGCCGUCGACAAGGGCAAUAAUUCCCACGCCGAAAUUAGGAAUAAGAGGCGAAUUAAGCAGAACGCGACCGAGAACGACUUCACCCUUGAUCAAAUAGCGGCCAUCAUUGGGAUUGUUAAGUGAGCUCGGCGCAUAACUGACUCCCUACUCGCUGCUCGCAGAUCCAAGCUUAAAAAGCAACUUAGUAACAGACAGCGUCCGACACCGGUCGACCCUUAAUAUGUGUUUGGCUAAUGCUUAUACUUUACUUAACAUUUUAAGAGUUUAAAUUUUGGCCUGCAAGAUAGUUUUUCCGAAUCUCAAUAGUUUACUCGCCUAUCACCAUUUAUUUUCAAUU